CCUUUAAGUCAAAGUUUAAUAGCAUCUUCAUGACGACACAAACAAAAUGAUAAGGAUAUGAUGAAGUAUACACCUAAUGUUUACACUUUUUUUAUGUAGAUACACGUUUUAGAUAUUUACUUACGCACUUUUAAUUUACAAUUUUUCCCUGUUACUAUUUUACAAAGUUAAAUAAUUAGAUAAAUAUACUUAAAUGACACUAACAGGAAGAUUGGCUUUUAUUACAGGAGCUGGCUCUGGUAUUGGUAGAUCAACAUGCCAGAUAUUAGCUAGGGAUGGUGCUUUAAUAGUUGCAGCUGAUAAAAAUAAAAGGAAUGCGGAUGAAACAAUUAAUGCCAUUUCAAAAGAAUUUAAACAAGAACACAUUUCAUUAGAGUUAGAUGUUGGAAACUCUUCUAGUAUAGAUGAAGUCUUGGGGAAAAUAUUAGCAGAAUAUGGGAAGCCUCCUACAAUAAUAGUUAACUCUGCUGGAAUUACAAGAGAUAAUUUUAUUUUAAAAUUAUCAGAAGAGGACUUUGACGAAGUUUUAAAAAUAAAUUUAAAAGGUACAUUUUUAAUUGUGCAGAAAUGUGCUAAUGCUAUUAUUGACCAUGGGAUAAAUAACGCUUCAAUUAUUAAUGUCGGAAGUAUAUCAGGAAAGUAUGGAAAUAUUGGACAAGCCAACUAUGCUGCCAGUAAGGCAGGUGUUGAGCGAUUAACUAGAACUGCCUCUCUAGAAUUGGCAAACAAGGGCAUUAGAUUGAAUUCUGUAUUGCCAGGUGUGAUUUUGACUCCAAUGACAACAGUAAUUCCUGAUAAAGUGAAAGCAAAACUUAUGAGUAUGAUUCCCAUGAGAAGAUUUGGAGAACCAGAAGAAAUUGCUGAAGUAAUAGCAUUUUUGGCUGGUGAUAAGAGUUCUUAUAUAACAGGUACUUCCAUUGAGGUUACAGGAGGAUUCUAGUAAUGACGAUUUUGCGCUAAUUUUAUAUAUUUUAUGAAUUUAUUUGCAUAGAAAAAUAAAUAAAUAUUAGCUUUUA